UAUUUUGUACGUACUUCAGAAUUCAGAUACAUACAGUACUGUUGUAAAUAAUUUUGCUUACUGACCCAACAUUAUUUUAGCGAUACGAUUAUAAUUAUGUACCUAGGAAGUACUACUCUUAUGUCUAUGUGCAUAGCUAGCAAGAUUGCAACAAAAAGUUUAACUCGCUCCUAUAAGCUUAAGCUUAGUACUGUUUUAGAAAGUUCGAAGCACGACUUAUAAGUUUUGACAUAAUUUAAAUUCGUUGGUGUUAAGUCGUUGGUGUUAAAUUGUACCACUGCGCAAAUUGUUGUUUUCCAUGUUUUUUUGUCUACCUAUUGGAUUCGAAGUCUAUAAAGCACCCUGAAGCUACUUUGAUUUGGCUUGUUACUGUAUAUUAUUGAAAAUGUUUUCGCGAUUGGCACGUGUAGCCACCGCUCAAGUGAACUACGGGAAGCGAUACAUCCAGCGCGAUCGCAGAGUAGUGCUGCCCCUAAACCCACAUAAUCCAGUAUUUUCCGGUAGCUUUGCGAGGUUGUCAAGUCAGCUCACAGGAACCACAGCACGUGACAAUGAUCAACCAGACUGUGUUCCCGAUCGGGGCGCACCAGCGCGCCCGCCUGCUCGACCGGGGCCGUCUCGUGUUCAGCAAGGGCGACCUCCGCCUGGAAUGCCUCCCAAGAAAGGAAAAGAUCCUUCCCAGAAAGAACCCAUUCGUACCAGCACGGAAACUGGCCUGAAAGGAAAGGUGGUAGCCGUCAUUGGGGCGGUGGUUGAUGUGCACUUCGAUGGAGAAUUGCCGCCGAUUCUCAAUGCGCUGGAGGUAGUGGAUCGUCAACCACGUCUUGUACUGGAGAUCGCGCAGCAUAUGGGAGAAAAUUGUGUUCGCACCAUAGCCAUGGAUGGAACUGAGGGAUUGACUCGGGGUCAAGAAGUUGCGGAUACUGGCAGUCCUAUUAGCAUACCAGUCGGACCUGAGUGUUUAGGUCGAAUUAUGAACGUUAUUGGCGAGCCCAUAGAUGAGCGAGGACCUAUCGAAACGGAAAAAACGGCGCCAAUCCAUGCUGAGGCACCGGAGUUUGUCGACAUGGCGGUGACUCCCCACAUUUUGACCACCGGCAUAAAGGUCGUGGAUCUGCUGGCGCCGUAUGUAAAAGGAGGCAAAAUUGGUCUGUUUGGUGGGGCCGGUGUGGGUAAAACGGUAUUGAUUAUGGAACUGAUCAACAACGUGGCCAAAGCCCACGGUGGCUAUUCGGUGUUUGCCGGCGUUGGAGAGCGCACUCGGGAAGGGAAUGACCUUUAUCAUGAAAUGAUCGAGGGCGGUGUCAUCAGUUUGAAGGAUAAGACCUCCAAAGUUGCGCUAGUCUAUGGACAAAUGAAUGAACCACCGGGAGCGCGCGCCAGAGUGGCCUUAACAGGACUGACUGUUGCGGAAUACUUUCGAGAUCAGGAAGGCCAAGAUGUUCUUCUCUUUAUUGAUAACAUAUUCAGGUUUACUCAGGCUGGCUCCGAAGUUUCCGCUUUACUGGGUCGUAUUCCGUCGGCAGUUGGAUAUCAACCUACUUUGGCGACAGAUAUGGGUGCAAUGCAAGAGAGAAUCACUACUACGAAAAAAGGCUCCAUCACGUCAGUGCAAGCUAUUUACGUACCGGCGGAUGACUUGACGGACCCCGCUCCCGCCACUACCUUUGCGCAUCUGGACGCCACCACAGUGCUGUCCCGUGGUAUUGCCGAGUUGGGGAUUUACCCGGCUGUUGACCCAUUAGAUUCUACAUCACGCAUCAUGGAUCCCAAUGUUGUUGGGGAAGAACAUUACAAUAUCGCUAGAUCUGUUCAAAAGAUUUUGCAAAGUUACAAAUCUUUACAAGAUAUUAUUGCCAUCCUGGGGAUGGAUGAAUUGUCUGAAGACGACAAAUUAACAGUGGCUCGCGCCCGAAAAAUACAGCGCUUCUUUAGUCAGCCGUUCCAAGUGGCAGAAGUCUUCACGGGUCAUCCCGGGAAAUUUGUUCCUUUGGCGGAAACCAUUAAAGGGUUCCAAAAGAUCCUGGCCGGCGAACUGGACCAUAUACCGGAAGUUGCAUUUUACAUGGUUGGACCGAUUGAAGAAGUUUUCCAAAAAGCGGAAAAGUUAGCUGCUGAACAAUCUGGUGGUAAAGGUCAACCAGGAAAGGACAAGAAACCGCAGGCUCCAGUAACGGCUCCGUCAGGUGAAGCCGGUAAGGAAAAGAAGGACAGCAGCAAGGGAAACGAUAAAAAAUCGAAGAAGAAAGAUUCCGAAGAAGAAGAAUAAAUUCAAUUAAAACAGUGGUUUUCCAUAUUUACUCAGAAUGAUUUGCUGGUAACUCAUAGUGCAUCCCAUUAUACCGCAUCCACAUCCAGCAGUUAUACUCGUAAAAUUACAGUAUAUUACAUAUGUAACUCGAUAACAAUGCAUUGUGGUGAGUUUUCCCCUUCGCGCGGCAGCCAUGGAAAUAGACGUAUGAUACAAUUAUCUAUACCUAAUUAUUUGCUGCUGUUGACUGAGACGGAAUAUUUGGAAAUAUCGAAAAUGUAAUUAAACCUGAUCAAAUGCGAGGUUCUACACGCACCGUAGUUACAAAAUCCUGACCUAAACUGCACAUCGC